AUGGUGAAUGAAUAUAAGAGAAUUGUUCUACUGAAGGGACAAGAGGCCAUCAAUGAUUAUCGUUUUAACAUAAUUAAGUCUUUACUGGCCCAUGAUUUACAGCUGAAUAGAAAAAUGCAAGAUGAAUAUGAUCUAAUUAAGAUUGCAGACUUGAUGGAAGAAAAAUUUCAAGGUGCUGCCUGUGUGGACAGUUUAAUACAUAUGUUCAAAGAUAUACCGGACUUAAAGGCCUUGUUAAAACUCAUAGAUAUGAAAAAAUCAGAGACCACCAGCCCCAAGUGUUCUCCCAAAGGGCCCAAUGAGGUGAUGGUCCUCAGUACAAAAGAGCUAUUUGAAUAUGAGUCCCUAGAAAAGGGCGAAAAUGCAGUGUCUCAUGCUACAGUGGUUACUGAGAGUCAAUUGUUCCAGAAACCAAGACUGAUGACUGAACCUGAAGAUGCUUCCAGAGAAGAGGGUAUCCAGAUAGGCCCCCCAAAAGUGAUGGUGUUAAAAACAACACAACCAUUUUCAUAUGAGCACAGAGAAGAGAACAGAAAGAUGUUUCAUGCCACAGUAGCUACUGAGAGUGAAUUCUUCCAAGUAAAAGUUUUUGAUAUAAGCCUGAAGAAGUUCACACCAAAGAGAGUCAUUGCCAUAUCAGAUUAUGCCGGCCGAAAUGGCUUCCUGGAGGUGUACAAUGUCUCAAAAGUGUCUGAUAUUAGUGCUGACCAAAAGAUGGCGAUCUCAAGUACACUUAUUAAACAUGCAAAUGCAACUCCUAAUAUCACCCAUCUUUUCUUGCAAGUUCCUGGAACAUUUAUGAAUGGGAUGUUUAUGGUCCAUUAGAAAAUGGUGAGAGACAAAUGCACCUACUAUGAAAUAAAAGAUAAUACAGGGAAGAUGGAAGUAAUGGUGUAUGGACGAUUGACAAUCAACUACCAGGAAGGUGAUAAGCUUCAACUCAUCUGCUUUGAAUUGUCAUUAAGUAUGGACCAUUGGCAGCUGAGAUCUGUAACACACAGUAUCAUCAAGGUUAUCAAGACCAAGGAACACACCAAACAACUACUCAAUCCUAAUUCAAAUAUGGAAACUUAACCGGGAUACUUCUCCUAA